AUGCUCACCGGACACGUGGACAGCAGACCCUGUCUGAGCAACAUCGCUCAUAAUUCAAAAGAAGCGGACCAGCUGCCAGCUGUUCCGGUCCUUAGUAUUAUCCACUUCACCUUCCACGCUGGAGUCAACAUCUCAGAGCCAUCGCAGCUAGCAUCUAUACUAUGGCAAAAAUCUUUGAAGUUUGUCUCGACAAUUCCCGGUUUUCAACAGCUGUAUUGGGCCCCAGUCGACACCGCUUCGCAAGAUCAACAAGUGAUCAUUCUAAUCCAGUGGGAUAGCGGUCAUGGCUGGAAACUGUUCCAGUCGUCCUUGGGCUUUACCAUGAUACUAGGUUAUAUACAAAGUAUCUCCAACCUGUGUAUCCAGCUUACUCUACCCGCCAAUCUCUUCAACUUUGAUAGUGUCCUCGAGAUAGUCUCAUUCCAGUUCUCUGAUACACUGUCUACAGCUCAGAUUGAUCAGACAUCAGAUUUCAGAUCCAAAUGGGAAUCAACAAUUUCUCUAUACCCCAGCAGUGUUACCACGGAGUCCGAGUUGAUACAUUAUUGUGGAGAAUGGCUUGAAUUAGAUUACCCCUCUGAAGAUCGAUUCUUUGUCGGGUUGCUAUUCUGGAAAUCGAACACUGAGGUGGGUAAUCAACGUCGACUUCGAGAAGCAAAUUUUCACAAUCUCGGGCACCACAUAGCAGACCUUGUGAAAGAUACAACAGGUGUGGUGUCGGCGUGCACAAACCACCUCAAUAAAGUGUCUUUCGAAUCUGCUACGCCACGACAAUUUGAUGCUUCUCCAACUCCAAUCGCUAUGCAGUUUGAAACAAAUCACCCUGUUUUUCGGACGCCCGUUAAGCCUGAAUACAAUGUGAAUGAAUUUACAUUCUCGGAAAACAAGGACCAGCUCCAUCUGGAAUCUAUGAGACAAGCGAGACGAACCCCUCCUCAGCGCAUUGCCGGCGGACCCGCUGGUGGUUGGUGUCCUAUGGGAACACUUUCUCAACAUCAUUUGCCCCAACGGACUACACAUCAACAACAACAAAUACAAUCAAUCCACAGUCCUUGGUCUGCCAUAAAAGCACUGGGCCAAGGAUUGCUAAGCCAGGGGAGGCCCAUUGACAAUCACAAUCAUUCUUUGUCUGAUCAAAGUGAGCAAACCGGCACGGUACAAUUCGUCUCAGUAUUCGGCUGCGAGAAAGAAGGGGCUCGAGAGGAGUGGUACAGCGACUUUGCCCAACGUGCUCAAACCCAGUAUGAUCUGUUGGGUCAUAUCGUUGAUUGGCUACGAACCUUAUCCAAACACAUCACGAUGCAGUGUCUACGAUUGGAAAACGAUGAUCCUUGGAUGACUGCAGACAAGCAGGCAAAAAGGGAACGCCCGCCUUCGCCGGUUCCUCCGUCUAUAUUUGACAUACCCUGGGCUAAUAAUUCCAAAGACGGAUUUUGGCAGGUGAAAAGUUUGUGA